GUUGGGACCUUCUCAGAUACUUAAACAGGUUUCAUUUUGAUGGACUUCGAUUCGUGAUACUGUGGCUGAAGUGAGUCUUUUAUUUCAGCCCAUAUUUCAGGGAAGCACAAGAAGCUCACCUCUACAAUCAGUGGCAGUACUCUUGUAGGGAUUUUCAAAAGUAUACUUUUAAGAGCACUUAUAACAAACUGACACUCUGCUUGGAAAGAUUUCUGAAACAUUCCAAACAUACUCGAUCACCCAGCAGAUGGUCAAUUUGUAUAUCAUGGAGUGGGUGAAGAUUGCAAUGCUUCUGAUAGGAUGCAGUCAUGGCAUUUAUGGUGUUGCGAUAAUGGCAGAUUGCCCCUCAUUUAAUAGGACAGCAGCAACCUUGGACAAGCACUGGUGUAAAAAUGAUGCCACAGUCACAUACACUGUAGCCAAGCAAAACUGUGAAGACAUUUGCUCAGUCCUGGCAGUACCGACCAACGGUACUGUGGAAUCAUUUCACGAAUUCACCAAUGGCACUCAGCGUUGGGUAGGCAUAGAGAAUAAUGGCAGUGCCUGGUCUGGCAUGGAUCCUGACUAUAACCAAUGGCCAGGUGGUGUAGAACCAGCCAGCAAUGGGCAGUGUCAAGCAGCUACAUUUACAUACAGUAUGGCAUCUGUAAAUUUCUCAGCACAAAGCUGUGAGGACACAUUCCCAUACCAGUGUCAACAAGGUAAUAUAGAUAUAUUCUGGUGA